AACAGUUGGGGGUGGGGGAGAAAUGAGCUUCAGCCCCUCCCCAGAGACUACCACCUGGGUGCCCAACCUGGUUCUCUCCCUCCCCACAAUUAAAACCUGGUCCUCUCUGGAUCCUGACCACACCGCUUGCUCCCUUACCCUAUCUGGUCAGCGUCUCUGUCCGUGCUGUGUCCGGCCUGGCUGGGGAGACGGGGGCUAUAUACAUUUCUGCUUCCCCACCCCCCUGUCAGGUGAUAAGGACUGCGGAAGGGCCCCAUGGGGCAGGCGCCACGUUGGAGUAAACAAGUUGGAGAAAUGGGGGAGGAGAGGACAAGCAUGCGGGGGAUCAUGGUGAUGAGGUGGGAGGCAGGGGGUGCAGGCCUUAAUGGAGGCCAAGGGGGUAUACUUCAGGCUUAUUCAACACACAUUCUUUUGGGGUCUGGGGCUGGCAGUCUUUGGAUUUGAAUGCUGCAGGAAGCAGGAUUCCUAGUUUUCUUCCGGAAAGCCCUGCGAUAUCAAGCUCUCAGCCCUUGGUAACUUUGUCCCGCUGUGGCUAGAUGUCAUCUCCCCAGCCCUACCCCCUUUGCUGCAGCUUGGCAGAGAGGUAUUGGGGGACAGAAGAAAGGGGAAAGGAGUUGAAAUCAGGGGCAGGGGGCAAGGGGAUGAGGAUUAGGAGAAUAAGCCUUAGGGCCAGAGGGCAGGUGUGAUUGAAUCUGUCCUGUUUUCAGUUAAUGUGUAACGAGAUGAGGGAAAAAACAUGAGAGCCCAGAAUGACCCUCCUGAGUGCCGAUAAACGAGUACACCCUACCCCCAAUAAAACAAAUUUGGAAAGCAGCCUCUGCCUUCCCCUUCCCAAAUGGUGGGCUCUGGCAAGAGAGGAAGUGAAUGAGAGUCUUCUACCAAGGAUAAAGGUUGAAGUUCCCUGGCCACUGGAUUACCUUAUCAUUCUAAGGUGAUGGUCAACCAAUAUGAGUCAGCAGGGGCCAGAGCAUCCCUCUGACCAAGGCCCCAGCCCCUGUGCCAGCCCCGACUGCAAGGGAGGACAAAGGCACAUUCCCCAAGCCCAAGGCAUUUGGGUGAAAUCAGCUAAAUAGAUACCAGAAGCAUUCGUAUCUUUUAUCCUUUUGCCCUCAAAGUGUACAUAGAACAUUCUUGAGACAUGGAGAUGGAGGUAUGAGGGCUAGAGAGGGAAGCGACUGGGGCCUAAAAAAAAUCUUACCCCAUCUUCAAUUAUUCCUCUGUGGAGUGCUCAGUUCUUGAAGGGCACUGCAUUGACGGUCCCUGGCUUUGGACUGAAGUGCAUUUGGGUAUCAGCUAAAUAGAUACCAGAAGCAUUCGUAUCUUUUAUCCUUUUGCCCUCAAAGUGUACAUAGAACAUUCUUGAGACAUGGAGAUGGAGGUAUGAGGGCUAGAGAGGGAAGCGACUGGGGCCUAAAAAAAAUCUUACCCCAUCUUCAAUUAUUCCUCUGUGGAGUGCUCAGUUCUUGAAGGGCACUGCAUUGACGGUCCCUGGCUUUGGACUGAAGUGCAUUUGGGGUCCAGAGUCCAUAUUCCUAGAUUUUAUUUGCCAACUAUGCCUGGGCAAUAAGGGAAGGAAGAGCCGAUAGGGGGCAGUUGUUUCAGGGAAUCGUUCUGCUAGAACUAAGGCUGCAACCCUUGCUUCUCUACCCCAAACUCCCACCCAUUCCCAUUCCACCAAGAGAACUACAAGGUGAACUUUGAGAGGUGCAGACCUCCAUGUCUCCAUAGGGAGAGCUGUACUUGCGAGCAGUACUCAUUCGUAGGUGUGCCCUGUGGUGUACUGGGGACGGCUGUGAGGAGUCCCUGAGGGCUUCGAGGUGGAGGCACCUAGGAGCAGUAGGAACCGGGGUUCGAAUGCAGUAUUCACAAUCAUUCCCUCUGCCACCCUUCACAAAACGGAAGCCUCCAGGCUGUACGGCGAAAGGAGUUUCAGCGGCCCAAGCUCCAAGAUGCUCCCUCUGGUGUCUAGUACGUUCGCAGCGCUUUCCCGACCUUGUUGAGGCCGGGCGAUCUAAGGCCAUCUACUUGAAUAAGUCUGAGGAGCUACCAAUCAAGUCCCGCCCGCCUCUGCAGUGCCCGGGUUGGAGCUCUCUGGACCUGGACUCUGCCACUCCUUCGCUUCCUUCUCUCCCAUUGGCCCCUGGGAGACGGAGGCAGCCUUUUUUUUUUUUUUUAAUCGGUUGGGCGGGGCCCAAUCAUGGGAGGGUCGGGUCUUUAAAGUCUUUUUUGCCCGAUUCCAAGAUGGCGCCCAUGACCACGCUGAGAAUACAGCGUGAAGCCGCAGUCCUGCCAUCACUCAAGAUGGCUGCCCCCAUCAAGAUGACCGGGGUGUGCCGGGGGAAAAGGGGCAGCAUGAUAGUCUGAGACGGUCUAGCAUCGGACCAUGUGGAAGUUUCUGGGACUGGGGAGUCGGAUGAUGGGGGGUGGGACCCGUGGGGGGUAGAGGGAGCAAUAGCGUCCUUUCUCAGGCUAACCCCGGGCCCUCCCCUGUUCUCUGGACUGAAAUGGGGAACACAUUGGGCCUGGCACCGAUGGGGGCUUUGCCCCGCCGGAGCCCCCGUCGAGAGGAACCUCUGCCCAACCCUGGGAGCUUCGAUGAGCUGCACCGCCUAUGCAAAGAUGUGUUCCCAGCACAGAUGGAGGGAGUGAAGCUCGUUGUCAACAAGGUUCUGAGCAGCCAUUUCCAGGUGGCUCACACUGUGCAUAUGAGUGCCCUGGGCUUGCCAGGCUAUCACCUCCAUGCGGCCUAUGCAGGGGACUGGCAACUUAGCCCCACCGAGGUGUUCCCCACUGUGGUAGGGGAUAUGGACAGCAGUGGCAGCCUCAACGCCCAGGUCCUGCUCCUCUUGGCAGAGCGGCUCCGAGCCAAGGCUGUCUUCCAGACACAGCAGGCCAAGUUCCUGACGUGGCAGUUCGAUGGCGAGUACCGGGGAGAUGACUACACAGCCACUUUGACCCUAGGGAAUCCUGACCUGAUUGGGGAAUCGGUGAUCAUGGUGGCUCACUUCCUGCAGAGCCUCACCCAUCGGCUGGUGCUGGGAGGAGAGCUAGUCUAUCACCGGCGGCCAGGCGAAGAGGGCGCCAUCUUGACACUGGCUGGGAAGUACUCAGCGGUACACUGGGUAGCUACAUUGAAUGUGGGAUCAGGUGGGGCCCAUGCAAGUUAUUACCACAGGGCAAAUGAACAGGUCCAAGUUGGAGUGGAAUUUGAGGCCAACACAAGGCUACAAGACACAACCUUCUCCUUUGGUUACCACCUGACUCUGCCCCAGGCCAACAUGGUGUUUAGAGGCUUGGUGGACAGUAACUGGUGUGUGGGUGCUGUGCUGGAGAAGAAGAUGCCCCCCUUGCCGGUCACCCUAGCCCUUGGAGCCUUCCUCAAUCACUGGCGCAACAGAUUCCAUUGUGGCUUCAGCAUCACUGUGGGCUGAGGCUGUCGCAGGGCCAGCCCCCGCAGAUGCUGGAACCUCUGAGUCAGGGGCCCUAGGGCCAGAGACUAGGCCCCCUCUCCAAAGCCCACCUUGCCGGGUGACCUCUGGGUCCCAGGAGCAGAGUGGGGGACAGGACCGAACUGGAGCUGCCACAGGGGCAGCUGCUGAGGCAGUGGUGUGAGGCUCCCACCUCUGCCACCGGCCCCAGGGUCCUCUUCCCGUGCUCUUGUGGCUCUGGACUAAGGGAGAAGGAUUAAGGGGUGUGUCUGGCCAACUUUCCUCCCCUCACUUCCUCCUUCUCCGUUUCCCUAUCGAUUAAAGCUCCUAGCUUCUUCCUCUCCACAGCAGAACAGUCUGCAUGGGAUCAGCUCCCUAUCCUGUUUUCCAUCCCAGAGUCUCCCAGGGCUGGGAAAGUAGGGCUGAAGGGCUAAAUCUUUGACCUCAGAAAGUGCCCCCUCCCCUUCCCAGAAGGAGCUUCUUUACCUCUUAGCCCUGAGGCUUCCUCCUUCCCCAUCUUCCGUGCUUCCAGAGAACAGCUCUGUCCCCGUGGUCAUCCCUCACCAACCCCAAGACUGCAUGAAGAGGCAGUUAUUGCUUUAGUCUUUCAUUGCAACCACUGGGCUCCCUUUCUACUGGUCCCCACCUCUGGCUCAGCAUUUUCCCCUUUCCGGUCCAGCGCGUCCAGAUGGGCUGGGGAAGGAGGCAAGCUGGGGCCUCAGCUGCAGAUCUCCUGGAGCAGUGGCAUCAUGGCGGACAGUCCCUGGAUGUGUUGGAUUUGGUACCCAUACGCGUUGUUAAUGCUCCGGAGCUCAGCCAACAGGCCCAGCAGCUUCGCAUACCGAAACCUUUGGAGGAAGUAGUGGGGUCACCAGGGAAAGAGGAAAAUAAGGUAGCUUAGAGUCUUGUCUUAAGGUCCUGCCCCCCUGAACUUUCCCUCAGCGAAGCUAGGUCUGAACACUAGAGAAAAUCGUUCUCUGGUAUGACAAAUUUAUCAAAAAUUCCAAAGGUCCCUGAGGUCUUCUCUCACCACGCUAUUUUCCUUGAAUCCAGAGGUCCAAGGGCCAAGUGUGAAGAAAGCCCCAGACUUGGUCAGAACUUAACUGUGUGGAAUCUGUGGAUCUGGCCUUCUAGAGCAGGUUCUAGAAGGCGGGUGUGUUCUGUGGUAUAAAGCCUCCCUCUUCUGGCCAAACUGGCUCGUUGAGGAACAAACGAGAACAAGUGGGGUGUACCUCAGAGCCUGGAUAGGUCACGGACUGCUGAGCCAGGGACUGGCUUUGGCCAUGAAACUGAAUGACCAUAACUUCGAGGGGGAUGAAAAAUUAAGGGAAUGGGCCAAUGGAGAGGAAGGGAAGGGCCAAGGAAAGAGAGCAAACAGGAAUCUUGGAAGGCUGCUUUAGCCUGGAGAGGUGGAUGGGUAAGGUGAUGGAUGUCAUCGAUCUCAGGAAUGCUGUUAUACAGAGCCUGCGAACUACUUUGCAUCUCUACUGAAUAAAAGAAAAAAAAAUCUGGAAAAAAUCAGAUGAAACUAGAGCCGCCAAGGGACCUGGUUUCCCAGAGGAAAGGACAGUAAAAUCAUCCCUCCUGA